GAGCGGCGAGCUUAAGUCGCUCGGGCAUGCUCGGCUCGAUGCCGCCCUCUCGGCCUACGACGCGGCCCCUUUAGCUGUUAGCCCCGACAAGGUCUUUCACGAUUGCGACCGGGCUUCCUUUUGGGGCAUAACUGUGCAUGGCCGCUCCGGCUGGGUCAGGCCUAAUCCGGACCGCCUGUGGGCACUCGUUCUGGUGACGUCGCGGAUCGUGCAGCUUGGGCUGUGCACAGCUCAGCUUCUCGAAAGUGUCGUGGGGUCGUGGCUGUCGAUUUUCCUGCUUCGGCGCCGGCUGCUUGCCGCAAUGGAUCAUGUCUUCGCUGCGGCCCGCGGCCUCGCCCCAAACGCAAUCAUUCGGCUCUCGCCCGAGCUCUCCGCCGAGCUCUGUUCUUUUGUGCUGCUUGGGCCGCUUGCUGCUGUGUGCCUGAGGGCCCCUGUCGAUCCCCAUGUGACCGCGACCGACGCUUCCUCUACGUGGCAAGCUGCCGUGCGUGCUCCGAUUCCUGAGCCGGCCGCGUCGGAGGGUGUGCGCCAGUGCAUACAGAAAGGAGCCUGGACCCGGCUUCUCGCAGAGCCUGCCGCUUGGCUCCGGGAAAAGGGCCUUCUUGCUCUUGAGCUCGAGCUCCCUGACUCAGAGGUUUACUCUGCGCCUCCUCUGUACAUUGGCCUUGCGCGCUAUCCCUCCUAUAGCGAGUGCUGGCGGCGGGAAUACAGGACCCGGGUGCACAUAAACAUUGGAGAGCUGGAAGCCUACUUGCGGGAAGAACGGUUUGCCUGGGAGCGCUUUGCAAGGGGAGAUCAGCCAGCCCGGCUUUGA